AUGAGGAGACAGAACACAAUAGAUGCAUAUUCUAGGCCUAGAGACUGUCCUGAGCACAAAAAGAAAGAAAUCACGGAGAGAAUAAUAGACAUGAUCACGCUCGACUGUCGUUCCGUUCGGUCCGUUGAAGGUAAAGGGUUCUGUGGCUUACUUGAGUACCUAGAACCAGGAUACAAGAUACCAAGUCGUAAGCACUUCACUCAAGCAAUUGGAAGUCGACAUGAGGCUGGAAAAGAGAAACUCGCUGCUCUAUUAAGUAAAGCACAAAGGAUUGCUCUAACUACCGAUAUUUGGACAAGUAGUGCCACAGAAGCAUAUAUAACUGUAACUUGUCAUUUCAUAUUAUCAUGGGAGAUAUUUUCAUUUGUUCUAUCUACGUGUGCAUUUCCUGAACGCCAUACUGGUUUAGCAAUUUCAGAGAAGCUCCUUGAUAUAGCAGACAGCUAUAACAUUAAGGAUAAGAUAUCUAUUGUCGUUCAUGACUUAGCUACCAACAUGGAACUGUGUCUUUCAAUUCUAGAAAAAGAAGAAGGCUGGUCUAGCCUACACUGUUCAGCCCACUGCCUUCAACUUUGUUUAAAAGCAGGACUUAAAGUGAGGGCUAUAAGCAACUUAAUGGCUGCUUCUCGCAAAUUAGUGGGCCAUUUCAAACAUAGUGUGGUCGCUACACAGGGUCUUCUGCAGAAAUGUACACAAAUGAAUCAACCUUACCUAAAGGUUGUUCAAGAAGUUUCUACGAGGUGGAACUCUUCCUAUUAUAUGCUACAGCGCUUAAUAAAGCUCAGGUGGCCAAUCACAGCUGCAUUGUCCGAUGAAAGUAUUACUAAACGAUCUGAUAGAUACCUAGAUCUAAAACCAGAGCAAUGGAUCCUGGCUCAAGAUCUUGUCGAUAUACUUGGUCCCUUUGAAGUUGCCACUACUUACUUUGGAAGUGAGAAUAAUGUUUCUGUUUCAGCUAUUCUACCUAUUUUAUAUGGUCUGAUAGAUAGCAUUAAGCCACAACAAAACGAUAGUGCUGCAAUCAAGCAGUUUAAACGAGAAGUGGAGAUUCAAAGCAAAGAGAGAUGGGAUCUAGAUUGUGAUGACUCACCUUUAUUCUCAAGCCUGACUGCUGCCACUCUUCUUGAUCCACGUUUUAAGGAUCUGAAAUUUUUGGAUGUUAAUCAAAAAGAAAGAGCAGAAUUGGAAAUGAUUGAUAAAGUGAAGCAGUGUGUGUGUACAGCAGAAAAUACUAACUCUGGAACGGAGGACCAAGUCGACCAUUCUCAGGAAGAGGAAUGUCCACACUAG